GUCGGCUUUCCGAUCUCAUUUCAUCGGGGCUCAAGUCUGCCUAAUCCCAAAAGAAUCUCUUGCAAAUGUCACUCAAAAAGAUGAUGAAAGUGUCAAGGAUUAUAUUGCCCGAUUUAAUGACCGAGUUCAGAAUAUGGAACCCUGUCAUCCUGAAACUCUGCUUGUCAUGGCUAUCGCUGGGCUAAAACCGAACUCAAUUUUCCGCUGGACAAUAUGCCAAAAUAAACCGAAUACUUUUCAAGAAUUUCUCGCUCGAGCUCAGCAACAUAUUAUAGCUGAGGAAGCCAUGUCGGUCCCCGACUUUAACUUUAAUCUGAAGCCAUCUAAGGCGGGAACCGAUGAGAAGAAGAAGAACAAAUAUUUUGAAAGACAAAACAAGACUCAGUUCAGGGGGCCUCCCCGGGGAGAUCCCAACGAUCCUGAAGUUCGAGCGGCCCGAAAACAAUAUGCUACCGAUGUGAAGUCCGGUUAUCAAACCGUAUAUUCUGCAGGAGCAGCCACCAUAUAUGAAGAAAUCAAAGGGAAGGGCAUUUUACCAGAUCCCAAACCACUUCGGAUGCCCGAAGAAAAACUGGACAAGUCCCGGUAUUAUGAUUAUCAUAAAUCGCCAGGGCACAACACGGACGAGUGUUUGAGUUUGUUAGCCGCAUUGUUGCGUUUGAUUGGCCAUCCGCAACUUAGAAAGUUUUACUGUAAUACCGAUCCCCAGAGGCGAGGUCCGGGACGUCAGAUCGAACCCUUUGAUGAAGACGAUGAAGAGGACCGAGGUGCCAUGCCAAAACGCAUCCGACAAGGAGACAAGGAAGUAUUUAUGUUCACCUCGGAAACGCCCGAUUCAGACUUUACUGGAACUGCCCGAGGACGUAAACGAGGUCGAUCUCCUGAACCGAUGCAAAUCACCGUCCAUCGUGUCAAUACCAAUAACUCCCGGAGUACAUUGUCCCGUCGACAGAUCAAAGCCUAUGCCCGACAAGCCUACAACUCCAGCAAACAAGUGUACACUACAGAUUUAAGAGAUAUCCUCAACAAUCGGAAUUGUUCCAUAACUUUUAAUAUGGAGGAUGCUAAUCACUUCGCACACCCUCAUUCCGACGCACUUGUUAUCACCGUCCCAAUAUGCGGAAUCCCCGUACAUCGUGUUAUGGUGGAUACUGGGGCCUAUUCAAGCAUUUUGAUGUUAAAAGCUUUUGACAAAAUGGGACUUGAUCCCGCCGACAUCCGACCUUGCAAUGAUCAGAUACAAGGGUUCAAUGGCAGUAUUUCGAAGCCUAUCGGCGAGAUCACUUUACCUGUCAGAUUCGGCACUUUAGAGAAUGUCACCAAGCUCGUCAUGGAAACUUUCAAGAUUCUGGAUAUUAAUAAUGAGUACAAUGCCAUCAUCGGCAGAACAACAUUGUAUAAACUUCGAGCUGCAGUUUUGAUUUUUCACUAUGCUCUGAAGUUCCCGACUACACGAGGAGAAGGGACACACUUCGGAGACCAAAGAGAAGCUCGAGAACUUAUUACAUUCAUACCAUCUAGCGGCGUCCAUUCCACCUCGACAAACAACUCUCCAUCACAAAGCGUCUCGAACGACACGGCGUCCGAAGAACCGAACAACCACGUCAGUGAUCCUUCCACCUCGGAUCCUUUGACCGAAGACCGAGGUCGUCG